AUGGGAUCAGGAAUGGGAUCAGGAAUGGGAUCAGGAGUGCCGCCCCCGCUGCUGCUGCUGCUCCUGGCGCUCUCCGUGCUCCGUCCCAUAACCGGGACGCUCCGGCCGCCGCUGCUGCUGCUGGAGGCGCCGGGCCCGGCCGGGAUCCGCCUGCGGUGCCGGGCGGAGCCGCCGGAGCCGAACCUGCGCCUGCUCUGGGGCUCCGGGGCCGCCCGGGACCUCCCGGGGGCUGCGGAGAAUCCCGGCGAUCCCGAACAUUCCCCACAUUCGGAAAAUCCCCAAAACGCCGGGAUCUCGCUGCUGCUCCGGCCGGGCUCCGGCACCGCCGGCGCCGUUUGCCGGGCCCUGGGAGCGGAACCGGGAGCGGCCGCCGAGUCCGCCGUGGUCAUCGCCGACGUUUUCUUCCCGUCGCCGUCGCCGUGGCUCCCGGCCUUCGUCCUGCUCCUCAUCCUCGCGCUGUGCCUGGCGCUGGCCGCGGCUGCCCGCCUGCGUCGAGACCGCCGGAUUCUGGCUCAGGAGCGGAAAUCCCAGCAGGAAAUCAGCGAGGAGCAGCUCCAGGCCCAGCUCGAUUUCCGACGGGCCCAGAGCCACGCGGUCUCGCUGACGCUGGACGAGAGCUGCACCCACCCGGCCCUGCUGAUCUGGGGCCGAUCCUGGAUCUGCCCCAAUCCCGGAUCCCAAAUCCCCGGCCCCGAUCCCGGAUCCCAAAUCCCCAGCCCCGAUCCCGGAUCCCAGCCCCACCUGGGGGCCCUGGCCGUGGCUCGGGAGGGAUUUUCCCAUGGGAAGCACUACUGGGAAGUGGAGCUGGGAGACGGCAGCGACUGGGAGCUGGGCGUGCUCCGGGAGGAGAUCCGGGAUUCCAUCCGGGAUUCGUCCCCAUCCCUGUCCCCAUCCCUGGCCCCAUCCCUGGCGUAUUCCCGGGGCGAGUUCCGGCUGCAGGGCGGGCGGCUGCAGCGGAGCCCGGGGCGCUGCCGCGUGCUCGGGGUGCUGCUGGACCUCGAGCGGCGCCAGCUCCGGUUCUUCGACGCCGAGGAGCAGCAGCUCCUGGGAUCUGUGCCGCUGGAAACCCCCGGGAUUCUGUUCCCGUUCUUCAGGCUGGGAUCGGGCGGGAGUGGGCUGGGGAUCCGCCCCGUCAGGGCUUGA